GGACUCGAUAUUCCCUUCGGCAUGUCUACCCCAACUACGGUGUAUCAUCGGCGAGCCUACCCAGCAAUCGACCCAAAACGGCCGGAACUUUCCACCAAGGGCAAGAAUGUCGUCGUAACCGGUAGCGGAUCCGGCAUAGGCGCGGAAAUCGCCAAGGCGUUCGCCCGAUCUGGGGCGGCCAAUGUGGCCCUUGUCGGCCGCACCGCGGCGACCCUGCAAUCAACGAAGAUCGCCAUAGAGAAAGAAAGCCCCGAGACAAGUGUGCACAUAAUCACCGCUGAUCUCACCGAUGCAGGGCAUAUCUCUGAGGCCCUGGCGACGUUCACCCAAGCCGUUCCAAGAGGAACGAUUGAUGUCCUUGUCGCCAACGCUGGCUAUCUCCACGCUCUUGUCCAGUUGGCAGACCUGGAACACGACGACUUUUGGCGAACCUUCGAGAUUAAUGUCAAGGGCAACUUCAACUUGUUGCGGGCUUUCAGGACAUAUGCGGCAGUGAAUGCCACUGUGAUAAGCGUCAACUCGGCUGUCGCGCAUGUAGGGUUCCUGCCAGGGCAUUCGGGUUAUGCAGCGGCCAAGGCAGCCUCGGCCAAAAUGUUCGACUAUUUCCGCGCCGAGAAUCCUGGUAUCCGGGUCGUGCAGUUCCAUCCGGGUGUUGUUAUGACAGAGAUGGCGAGUAAGUCAGUGGAUGCCGGCACGGACUUGCCGUUUGACGAUGUGAGUCUACCCGCGGCCUUCGCAGUCUGGUCUGCUAGCCCCGAGGCUGGCUUCUUGAAUGGGAAGUAUGUGUGGCCACACUGGGACGUAGAUGAGUUGAAGGUUAUGUCGUCUGAGAUCGAAGAAUCGGACAGGUUUACUAUCGGACUUGGCCUUUCAGCAAGGCAGUAA